GGGAGCGCGUCCGGCAGGCUGUAAAAGCUCGCUCCGCCGCAGCUGGCGCGUGUUCGUGGUCGUGGUGUGCUCUCGGCCGGUAACCAGCGGCACGGAGCGCGCGGUCGGUUCAGGUGGUUGUGGCCGGGUACUGAGCGUCUCGGCGAGAGCGGCGCUGCCAGUCGCCCCGUAGCUCGCACGAUCGGGGGAGCCAGGCAGCCUCAGCGGGGUCCGCCCAGCCCAGCGCCCACAGAAAUGAGCCGUCAGACUGCUACAGCACUACCCACAGGUACUUCAAAGUGUACACCGUCACAGAGGGUGCCUGCACUGACAGGCACUACAGCUUCCAAUAAUGACUUGGCUAGUCUCUUUGAGUGUCCUGUGUGUUUUGACUAUGUGCUUCCACCAAUUCUUCAGUGUCAGAGCGGCCAUCUGGUUUGCAGCAACUGUCGCCCUAAACUUACGUGCUGUCCAACUUGCCGAGGCCCGCUGGGAUCCAUUCGUAACCUGGCGAUGGAGAAAGUUGCCAAUUCUGUACUGUUCCCAUGUAAAUAUGCCUCUUCCGGAUGUGAGAUAACUUUGCCACACACAGAAAAAGCAGACCAUGAGGAGCUGUGUGAGUUUAGGCCUUAUUCCUGUCCGUGUCCUGGUGCUUCCUGUAAAUGGCAAGGUUCUCUGGAUGCUGUAAUGCCACACCUGAUGCAUCAACAUAAGUCCAUUACAACACUUCAGGGAGAAGAUAUAGUCUUCCUUGCUACAGACAUUAAUCUUCCUGGUGCUGUUGACUGGGUUAUGAUGCAGUCUUGUUUUGGCUUUCACUUCAUGUUAGUAUUGGAGAAACAGGAGAAGUAUGAUGGUCAUCAGCAGUUCUUUGCAAUUGUACAGCUGAUAGGAACCCGCAAGCAAGCCGAAAACUUUGCUUAUCGGCUGGAGUUAAAUGGUCAUAGACGGCGAUUGACUUGGGAAGCAACUCCUCGAUCUAUCCAUGAGGGAAUUGCAACAGCCAUUAUGAAUAGUGACUGUCUAGUCUUUGACACCAGCAUUGCACAGCUCUUUGCAGAAAAUGGCAAUUUAGGCAUCAAUGUAACUAUAUCCAUGUGUUGAAAUGGCAAUCCAACCUCUUGAGGCCAGUGUUUAAAUCGUUGCAUUUAAUUUAGCUGAAACUAGGGUAACCACCUUUGACUGUCGGAUGAAUUAUUUGGUAGAUGGAGGCUAGACAUAUAUGAAGGUAAUAAAAGGAAAGGCUCUUAAAUUACAAAAAGCAGUUGCAUGUAGUAACACUAAUAUAUUUAAAAUAAGUCAACAGUAAACCACUGAAAAUAUAUAUACACCCAAAAUGGGCAUCUUUUGUAUUAAGAAUUGAUUCUACAGAAAAUGUUGUAAAAUAAUUCUAAAACCUUGUUUGUAGAUUGAUUGUACUGUUGAAAAGGAUACUGUUUUGUGGUUUUAUUUGUGUUUCUUUUCCUCCACCCCUUUGACUGACAAGCCAUGUUGAGUGGUCUGGUCUCUGGCCACUGCUUCCCUCCCUCCCUGUCCCCCCUUUGUAAGUCACUACAUAGUAUUGCUGCUGUUUGUGUAUAUUUUUUGUGUAUUUGCUGAUUUUUAUUAACUUCUAGUUUUUCAUUAAAUAAAUAUGACUUUCUUUUCUGUAAUUCAGGUUUUUCUCUUUUUUGUAUCUUUUUAAAAAAUAAUUACCGAUGUCAUCUUUUGAUAUGCACAGUUACUAUGGUAGAACUUCUGUUUCUGUAUGUUUGGUAAAUUUUGUCUCUUUCCAGUAGUCAAAUCUUUGGUGAUGCUGUUCUUACUUGAGCUAUUCUGUGAAUGUACAGAACUCGAAAGAAGUAAUUCUGUUGAAAGAUAUAUCGGUAAAGAAAGCUCUAAAAACAGGUCAAGAUGUUGUACUUUGAGUUAUCUUCUACCAAAAAGGAACAACUACUAAGAAUUUUGUGAAUUAUUAUUUUGUUCAAAUUCAGGCUUCAAAUUUACAGAUGUUUAGAAACUUGAUUGCAUCCUUGUAUUUGUUGUUUGCAGUACAAAGAAGGUAUUAUCUUAAGCAGUAUUUCAAUUACAAACCCAGACCAUUUGCUUAAAAAAAAGGCAGUCAGAAUGAGAUGCUGUCAGUCUUUUUAUGUUUGUCAUUGAGAGAAUACCUGGCAAGUUCAAAACCAAAACAACCCAACUUCUGCUUUUUGCAUUAGCUCAAAGUUUGGCACAUUGAUACUCUUGCUUAGUUUUUUUGUCUUCAUGGCUUUUGGUUGUUACUAAAGGAACUGUCUUGAACUGAUUUCUGUAUGUUAGUGACAUGACAGACGUUACAAUGCAAACAGUCUCCUACAGGUGUGACUCCCUAGACAGAAAGCCUUUUGAAGGAUACUGGGCUUUCCACAGUCCAUCUGUAUGUGAAAGAUUGAGCCAUAAAUGUAUAUGGUAUUUGUGUUCCAAGUCACAGACACACAGAAUAGACAAAGCUGAAAAGCUGUUUGAAAAAGAUCUUUGUCAAACCUGGUGGUAGUAGACAUGUGAUUGGGGAGGUAGGCUGGCUAUUAACUACUUUUGUAACCCAUUAAAAUACGGUUUUGCUUACUGUGCACUGUCUUAACUUUCUUGUCAGAGGUUGAUCUACUAAGACAACUCUUGCUCUUACUAUUUUGGUGCAUGAUGAGGUAAGUAUAGGUAAGGAACUCAAAAUCCAUCAGGUUGGAUUAAUAAAGUACUACAGAAAUAGCUGGCUUUGUGUAGUAAAAGUUUCACUUAAAAUCUGGUAUUUAGGCUGUUGGAAUGGCACACAGAUUUGAUUUAAAAGAUGUACUGGUGCCUUGUGGCAGUAGAUAAACCACUUCAGAAAUCCAGCAAUCUGGCAUCUUUUUCUGUAUGAAUAUACAGUAAUUAUUUGCAGUCUUCCAAAUUCUGUAAUUGCUCUCACCUAAUUAAGCCUGUCUGCAUUUACCUCUGGUUUGUCUCCUGGUCUUUGACAGAAACUUGGCUAAAUACUUUUUGAUAUUUUGAGGGAUACACUGACUUGUGUGUGAUCAGCUGCUUGGGACUUGCAUUUGCUUGCUGAGGUCAGCUUGUUUCCAGCUCUCUGGUCUUGUCAAGAAAUCUGUAUGGAAUAUGGGGUGUCCAUCAGAUGGAAUGAUUAGAGAUUAUCCUUAGGCCCAGAUCCUCAAAAGUAUUAGAAGCCUGUUUCAGUGGCUAAACUCUGUUAGAGUUUGAGGGUAUGGUGAGUCAACUACACUGAUACAGAAAUAGAAAACAUACUAGAAGUCUGUACAGUUCACUGCCUUAUUUAAAAUAAAUGGUGUAUUAAAGUCUGG